GCUAGCGAGCAACUAUGUAUUUUGACAUUUCUUGACAUUUCAUUCAUUUCACGUUUGUUAUGAGUUUUAAUUGUAAUUUUUUGAUUUGAACACUUAAAUAAAGCGCUUAAAAAUGAAAUUAUAUCCGACAUUAACAAAUAGUCGUCCCGACUUCAAAAAAUUCCCGGAUAAACUAAACGAGCAUUUAGAAAAUUUUGGAGCACCACAUUUGAAUUCCUUCAAUGAAAUGUUAACCGAUGGCUUGGCGAAUUGUGCAAAGUAUAUGACUCCAAUUAGCUUCAAAACACCAGCGGGCGAACAAAUAGAACUCCGUAUAGAAAGUAUACAAAUUGCGCGUCCACAAGUGCCUAUGGCUGUGAUAGAUGUGCAAAAUCGUUUAACAUACCCAACCGAGUCAAGACAAUUGCAUACCUCGUACAUGGGCAUGUGCACUGUGCGUGUGGGAUGGACAGUUAGUGGUUUGGAGAAGGCACCAAUAGAUGUCGAUCUCGGUGAGGUACCUAUAAUGCUUAAGUCUAGUGCGUGUAAUAUCGGUUCACUAAAGCCGGAGGAAAUGGUAAAACAUGGCGAACACGAUACUGAAUGGGGAGGAAUAUUUAUUAUAAAAGGCAAUGAACGAAUUAUACGUAUGCUUCUGAUGAGUAGACGCAAUUACCCGAUCGCAGUAAAACGUUCCUCAUGGAAGGAUCGUGGUGCAAAUUUUAGUGAAAUUGGCAUAAUGGUGCGCACAGUGCGGGAAGAUGAGACCUCUUAUAACAAUGUAUUACACUUUCUCAACAACGGAACUGCAAAACUUAUGUUUUCUCAAAUGAAAAUGAUGUCAUAUAUACCGAUAUGUCUAAUAUUACGCUGUUUGGUGGAUUUUACUGAUGAACAGAUUUACCGCCAUCUAGUACGCGGUUACGAAAAAGACCAGUAUUAUGUAUCAUGUGUGCAGACAAUGCUUAGAGAUGUCCACGGCGAGGGACUGCAUACACAUAAAGAUUGUAAAUCAUAUUUAGGAAAGAUUUUCCGUUCAAAAUUCCCUGAAGUGCCAGAAUGGAAAACCGAUGCAGAUGUUACUGACUUCAUUCUAAAUGAAAGAAUACUCAUACAUCUGGGAACACAUAGAGAAAAGUUCGAUAUGUUAGUAUUUAUGGUGCAAAAGUUGUUUCAAUGUGCACAAGGCAACUAUAAAAUCGAAAAUGUAGAUUCGGUAAUGAUGCAAGAGGUUUUACUUUCCGGUCACUUGUAUCAGAAAUUUUUAGCUGAUCGUAUCGAGCUAUGGCUACAAUAUGCGAAAAAAUAUUUACUUAGACGUUUAGAAACCCCAGACGCGCUUAUAACUCCAACUCUGCUUACAAAUUGUUUACGAAAUGCAGGUGGCGUUUCGCACGCCAUGGAAUCCUUCCUCGCCACCGGUAAUGCGCCUUCGCGUUCUGGUUUGGGUCUAAUGCAGAAUUCUGGUUUGGUUGUAAUGGCAGAAAAUAUCAAUCGCAUUCGUUACAUGUCACAUUUUCGUGCAGUACAUCGUGGUUCAUACUUUACAACAAUGCGUACAACCGAAGCACGUCAAUUGCUACCGGAUGCUUGGGGCUACAUUUGUCCCGUCCAUACGCCUGAUGGUGCGCCUUGUGGUUUGCUCAAUCACUUGACUGUAUCUUGUCGCAUAUCACGCAUACCGAAAAAAGAGCUAGUUAUGGCUAUACCAAAGUAUCUAAUAGAAAUGGGCAUGAUACCUCUGGACUCGGAAGUCUAUGAUUCGAAUGCCAAGUUAUUUGUAGUAUUCCUGGAAGGAAAACUAUUAGGCUACAUUCGUCAAGCAGAUGCAGACAAAAUAGUGAAUAAGCUACGUUUGUUGAAGAUAGAAGGGCAUUUACCUGAAAUGAUGGAAAUAGCAUACAUACCUUAUAAAGCUAAGGGUCAGUUUCCAGGUUUAUUUCUUUUUGUUGGACCAGCACGCUUAAUGCGUCCAGUGAAGAAUUUAGCGCUUGGAAAAAUUGAAUACAUUGGCUCGCUUGAGCAAGUGUACAUGGAUAUUGCCAUUGAUUUGAAAGAGUUUUAUCCAGGCUUCACAACACAUAUGGAAUUGUCCAAGACCGAAUUUCUUAGCAACUUGGCAAAUCUAAUACCAAUGCCGGACUACAAUCAAUCGCCGAGAAAUAUGUAUCAGUGUCAGAUGGGUAAGCAAACUAUGGGCACGCCAUGCCUUAACUGGCCCAAACAAGCUGCUAACAAGUUGUACCGCUUGCAAACGCCCACAACACCGCUCUUCAGACCAGUGCAUCACGACAAUGUUCAACUCGAUGACUUUGCCAUGGGCACAAACGCUAUAGUGGCAGUUAUUUCUUAUACCGGCUACGAUAUGGAGGAUGCCAUGAUAAUAAACAAGUCCGCACAUGAGCGUGGCUUCGCUUAUGGCAGCAUAUAUAAAUCAAAAUUCAUCGAAUUAGAUGGUGCGAGUUAUUUUGCACGUAGUCCACAUCUGCCAGAAUUGAAUAAGAUGUUGGACAAUGACGGUUUGCCACAUGCUGGCACAAAACUUUGGCAUGGUUGCCCUUUUUAUUGUUACUUUGACGCUGACACCUCCACUUAUAAAGUGGUAAAAUUAGACGAAAAGGAAGAUUGUGUUGUGGAUAGCGUACGCUAUUGCGGUAGUUUUAAGGCGAACGCACGCCGUAUGGUAUGCGUGACACUACGCAUACCACGUCCACCCACAAUAGGAGACAAAUUCGCUUCACGCGCUGGACAAAAAGGGAUCUGUUCACAACGUUUUCCUGCCGAAGAUUUACCAUUCAGUGAAACCGGGCUUAUACCAGACAUUGUUUUCAACCCUCACGGUUUCCCAUCGCGUAUGACAAUAGCUAUGAUGAUCGAAACAAUGGCGGGCAAAAGUGCUGCUUUGCAUGGUCUCGUACACGAUGCAACACCAUUCCGCUUUUCAGAGAAACACACCGCCAUCGAUUAUUUUGGGCGUUUACUAGAGGCCGGUGGUUAUAAUUACUACGGCACGGAACGCCUUUACUCCGGCGUAGAUGGCCGUGAAAUGACGGCAGACAUAUUCUUUGGCGUGGUACAUUAUCAGCGGCUACGUCACAUGGUAUUCGACAAGUGGCAGGUACGUUCAACAGGUCCCGUCGAUGCCAUAACACAACAGCCCAUAAAGGGUCGCAAACGUGGUGGUGGCGUACGUUUCGGUGAGAUGGAACGCGAUGCCUUAAUAUCACAUGGCGCCGCCUUUCUGCUUCAAGAUCGGCUCUUCCACAACUCUGAUAAAACGCAUACAUUAGUGUGUAGCAAAUGUGGCAGUAUAUUAGCACCGCUGAAGAAGAUUAUUAAGCGCACAGAGACUGGUAAAUUGCAAUCGAUGCCAGACACAUGCCGCUUGUGCGGUAAUGGCGCCGCUGUGGGAUACAUUGAAAUACCAUUCUCUUUCAAAUAUUUAGUAACCGAGCUGAGCUCGGUAAAUAUUAAUGCAAGAUUUAAGUUGAUGACUAUCUAAUGUUUAAUAAUUAUAAAAAAAAUUAGUGUGUCCAGCAAAGUGUUAUAAUAAAUAAUACAGUUUCUUAAAUUUAAAUAAUAAAAA